UGCACAGACCUUCCCUUCCCCGUCUUCUCCGUCCUUCGAUUCCGGCGGAUUCGAGUCUCGAGAGGACUCGCCUGCUCUAGGGUUUGGUGCCCCAGUCGCUGCCCGCGUCUCCGCCCUCGGGCCAGGUCACCGGCGCUAGGAGGCGCUGAAUCGAGUCGGCGACGCCUCCGUCAUCCGUCCACCAUCGACGUCGGGGCGCAUUCCUGGGCGGCGUCGGCGACUUUGCGCGGAUUCUGUCACCCGUUCCGGCGUUACCCACCGCUAGCGGGCGUUCCUCGCGGCGACGGCAAGCCGCACGCACCGCAGCCCCGCACACUACUGACUCCUCUGUGGAGAUCGAGCCGUCCCGCCAAGAUAUGCCACUGAAAGGUGACAACUCCGGCUUACUCCUCGACGUGAUCAUGCUCUCCACCUGAAGUUUGUGGCUACGAUUUCCAUACAAUUCCAGCAAGGCACAACCCCAUCAAGAUGGAUCGAGGCCGUGCUCAUUGGGAUGACCACACUACAAGAAUGUUCCUGGACCUUUGCAUUGCUGAGAAGGAAAAGGAAAACUAUAACAGUAAGGGGUUAACCAAGAUAGGGUGGCACAAUCUGUAUCGCAAUUUCAAAGAACACACACGCAGGGUUUAUGAUACCAAACAGCUGCAGAACAAAUUUAACAGCCUGAAAAGGAUGUACAAUUUAUGGAGGCAACAAAACGACAAGACUAGAGGCGGGUGGGACAAGAAUUCAAGCACCAUUACACAAGAUGCUGACGCAUGUGACAAUCACAUAACGGAGAAUAGUGCAGAAGAAGACUUUCGUGGCAAGGCGCUUGCACACGAGGAUGCGCUCACCAUUCUUUUUGGCUCCAUGGACGGCAAAGACAGUACAAAGUCGUGCUUCGGUGGCACUGGUGAUAGGACACCAAGUGGGGGAGGUGAAGAUAACCGUGCACGAGUGUCAGAGGACAAUAUCGGUUGUCCGGAGGAGAAUUUAGGACGUUAUAGGGUUGGCCAUGUGUCCCCAUGGUCAAGCCAGGAGCAUAUGGUUGACAGCCGCCCAACCAAGAGGUAUAAGAAUACAGGGUACUAUGGUGAACUCAUAUCUGAGAGCAUGCUUGAAAGUAGGAAUGAAAGCAAUGCCAUCUGGCGUGAGCAAGAGGAGUUGAUAGAAUUGCUGCAACUUGUAGAAAAGGAUGGUGUGUCUCAAGGAUCUGAAUUGUUUUUUAUAGCUACUGAGCUAUUUAGGUCACCACUCCGACGUGCGGCUUUUAGGUGCAUUACCACUCCAAAGAACCGAAUUGCAUGGCUCAGAUGGACCUGGGAUAAUAUUAAGAUGUGAUAUGGUCCUUGCUUGCAUAGUUUUCAGUUGCUUGUGCUAGGCUUGUGUGAGUGGAAUGUACCCAUGGUGACAUAGGGACAUAAGGUAGCAUUAUAUCUGUACAGCAAAUUAUGUUAUGCUGAACCUUGCUAGUUUAAUUAAUUAAUUAUAUGUUGAUGUCCCUGGUUACAAC